GGUGUGCUGACACAGGUGUGUUGCCGGCAAACUAAUGUGUUAUGUGUUGGUUUGGAUUGCCGCUUCCGUGUCAUGUUUACCCUUUGUUCAAUCAAAUGAUUUUUUAUGGAUAUUUUCCUAACUAUCAUCAGACAGUUGAAGCGGUGUGUGUGUGUGUGUGUGUAUGAUUGUGUGUGAGUGUGUAUGGUGAGCGUUUAUACAUGUAACAGAUGGUGACACAGACCAGCUUUGCCAACGAUGGUGAUAUUGUGACUUAUAAUGUGACUUAUGGUGAUAUUGUGACUUAUAAUGUGACUUAUAAUGUGACUUAUGGUGAUAUUGUGACUUAUAAUGUGACUUAUGGUGAUGAUGUGACCCGAGAUCUAUGGUGCUAAAAAUGAAAUGUGAUGUUUUGUGAUACAAUGCGAUUCUUGCAGACGUCGACUGUACCGCGAUUCUUGCAGACGUCGACUGUACCGCGAUUCUUGCAGACGUCGACUGUACCGCUACAGCUUUGUCCGAGUACGCACAAGAUCGGCACUGUUGUGCUGUGUGUGGUUGUGACGCUACUUCUGAUGGCAGUGUCCAGCAGUUGCCAGUAUGUGACGAUAUCCCCCUACGUCCAGACGGCCAGUCUGACCAACUGCCAUCGAGGACUGCUGCAAGAAGUCGACCAAUUGGUCUUCAGCAGCCAAAUAAGUUUUGGUAACAGCACGUCUGAUUGGAGGAGUGUGGUCACGUACACAGUGGCUGAUCAGGACAACGAUUUCCGUUGUGCCGUGGAUGUUAAAUACGGUUGUCAUGGUUACAAGAAUGAAUUGUGUUACUGCAACCACACAGACAACAGCAACCCUAUGGUGUUCCACAUCAUCAUUAACAUGACAGCACUACAACGGUACAACCAGUCCACGAUCUCUGGCUUCAUAUACAGCCCUGUUCAUGGCCGUGUGUACAGCAACAGCCAGCAGCUGCCAACUAUAUACUCACAUGACUCUCUGCUGUUACUAAUCAACAAGAAACCACUGAACAAAACCCACUGUUCAUUUGACCUCCAGCAGGCCGAACAGCCGGUGACAUUGUGCUGUCUGCAAACAGCUGAGCCGUGUACAGCCGCGGUGCUGUAUGACGGACAGCAAGUGUCUGUCGGGUCGCAAUGUGUGACCUUCACAUUCAACAAAACUCACACAUCUAAUUCAAGCCUUGUCUUUAAAUACAAUGUGUGUGGUUCACACUCAUGGACAGACAACUUUACCUGCUCUUUUAUUUGGGAUAUCCCAGCUCCACCCAGCAGCGCUUUCAUUGACGUCAUCUUGAUUGUGGGUGUAUUUGUUAUUGCCGCCAUCGUCAUCCUAGUUGCCGUUGCAGUGGUCAUCUAUCGCAGAAAAAGACGUGGCGGAAAAAAACUAUGGGACAUUAACAAAGUGAGAACAGAACAGACAAGUCCCAUAAUGUAAACUUGCUGUGAUAGUAAACCUGCAGAUAUUGGUUGUUUUCUUCUGUCAACUGAUGACACAGUGAAACAGAUAGUUUGAUUGGUUGAGAGCUGUCUAUUUUUUUGAUGCGAUUCGCCUUAGAGGCUUCUUAAUUUAUCUCCAGCUUUAGCGAUGUUAGUCAUUGCCUUCCAGCGAUGUCAUGUCAUUAAAUGUCAAUUAUGUCACGCCAUUUAGAUUUCAAUAUAAAUCUGAACAAAAAAUACAACUGCAAUUUUAUGUUUGAUUAAGUGUAAUACACAUUACCUCGCCACAUCCACAUUGCUUUGCUUUGAGAUACAUUUUCGCUAUGGAUCUGACAAAGUUUACAAAACUGUAUUUUGUAAGAUACGAGUGUAUAUGUUUCAGACAAAAUUAAAACACAAUGCAUAAUUUUAAUAUUUUUUUAACUGUUUAUAUGUUAAUGCUUAGAGAAUUUAAUUUGCUUUUUAAUCAGGUGUAUUAAAGACAACAUGCAAACUGUUUCAGCAAUAUGUUCUAUGGAGCUGCAUCUUACCUAGUAUGGGUUAUACAUUAAUUUAUUAAAAAUGUUUAAUUAUCA